GUUUCAUCAGCUGAUGUCAGCAUACAUUUUGACAGCGCGAGCUUAUGAAGCUUUGACAACUGGUUGGAUGUCAAAUUCAUACAUUGCUUGUAUUGACUUUGUGCUCGCUUUUGCUGUUUUUGGUUUCAAUACCAAAUUUGACGUUCUGAAUAUUUAAAGAUUCAAAUUUUCGCAGAAUACGGGGGCGGGAACGCAAUAUUAUUUCAUUUGAACCAACUAACAACGAUGUGGGAUGACGUCAGCUACAUCGGAUAGUGAUUUAGUUUUACCCGGACACGUAAUUAAAGAGAAAUGGCGUAUUAUCAAAAAGAUUGGAGGUGGCGGUUUUGGAGAGAUAUACGAAGCUCAAGAAGUCAGUUCACAAGAAAAAGUAGCUUUAAAGUUGGAAUCAGCACGACAACCCAAGCAAGUUCUAAAAAUGGAGGUCGCAGUCUUAAGGAAACUACAGGGCAAAGAACAUGUGUGCAAAUUUUUGGGUUGUGGAAGGAAUGACCGUUAUAGUUAUGUCGUAAUGUCACUUCAAGGCCGAAAUCUCGCAGACUUACGACGUAGUAUGCCCCGUGGAAUAUUCUCCACAUCCACAAUAAUACGUUUAAGUUUACAAAUUUUAAGCGCUAUCGAGGCUAUUCAUGAUGCUGGAUUUUUACAUCGUGAUAUUAAACCUUCAAAUUUUGCUGUUGGUAGAUUACCGACAAACUGUCGAACAAUUUAUAUGCUAGAUUUUGGCUUAGCUCGUCAAUAUACAACACCUAAGGGAGAUGUUAGACCUGCACGUCCAGUAGCUGGUUUUCGUGGAACAGUACGUUAUGCAUCGCGUAAUGCUCAUAUGAAUCGUGAAAUGGGUCGACAUGAUGAUUUAUGGUCAAUGUUUUACGUGCUUGUUGAAUUCGCAUCAGGUCAAUUACCAUGGCGUAGAAUUAAAGAUAAAGAACAGGUUGGUCAAAUUAAAAACAAUUUUAAUCAUAUGACGCUUACACGUUGCCUUCCAAGUGAAUAUCGUGCCUUCCUAGAGCACAUUGAAGAAUGUAGUUAUUCGGAUCGACCCGACUAUACUAUGCUUCAUGGUCUCAUAAAACAAGCCAUGAUUCGUCGUGAUGUUCAUGAGACUGAUCUUUUUGAUUGGGAACAACCUGUAACAGCAAUAGAUAAUCAACAAACCAAUCCAACAAAUACACCUUCCAUUCCACCCGGGCCUGCAGUAAAUGAACAACAAGAUAAUCACAAUAUGGGUGUAGGUAAUGCACAACCUACUGGUUUCACUGACAGACGAACUCAUACAAGUCAAAAUUUAGUUUCAAAUCAUCCUCAGCGCUCUAUCUGUCAUUAUAAUCGUAACGUUGAUGAUGUUGUUGGUCAACAUCAACGAGGACGUGAUAAUGUGGGUUUGAGUACUACUGGUAUUAACAAUGGAGGGAAUCUCAUGCAUCAUCUAGUCAGUAGUGUGAAUGAAUCUUUAAAGGAUAAUGUGCCGCAACUUUUGAAUGGAAAAACUAUAUCACCAGAUUUAAUACCAGGUGGAGACAUUUCAAAGCAUAAUAAUAAAAUUCACUCCCACCUUCCACCUUUACAAACAGCUGAUGUAGUCGAUGACUUUGGAAAUCAUGAUCCUGGGAAACUAGUCACAGCUACUGUUAAAGAAAAUUUAGAUAGCCGUCAUAAAGAUACAAAUGAUAUUGAUAAUGGUACAAACACAACUCGCAAUGUAUUAGGAUAUCAUCCUGUUGUUCAUAAUAACAACGAUUUAAGACGUAGUAGACAUUCAACUUCUACUAAAGGUCUAUCUGUUGGUACUUCAAACCGUCGAGCUUCAUUGAGACGUUCAAAUGGUGUGGCUGUACCGCAUAAUAGAAGCCUAACGGAACUUGGAAAAUCAGUCGAAGUAGCUUAUCACAAUUCAGUAUCUAGGUCCAACUGUGAACAAUGCAAAAAUGAUAACUUUACUGAGCACAGACCCUCACGAUUACCUGUUAUCAUGCCUGCUAGACAAUGUCAUCGUGACCAACAAAGUAGCGUUGUAGAUGUUCAUAAUAAUUCAUCCAUGAAGUCAACACGUCCUGCUUGUUCAAAUACACAUUCACCCAUUGUUGUGGCUGAUAAAUGUAUUUUCAUGUCUUCUCCUAGAGAAGAAGGAUAUAAUGUCAUUGAUAAUGGUGGUAACGAUGUAAGCAUUUUAACUGGGAAUUUCGGAUACACCGUUGACCAAAGUCAAGCUAGUAUUGCUCAAAUGACCAAUGCUAUAGCAAUUAGUACUGUAGGUGGACGUUAUGCAUCGGGAUCAUUGUCUCGUUUAACCCGAUUGAAUAGUAAUGCAGCAGGUUCAAUGACCCAGCUAGCUGGUUUAUGUUUAUCUAGUCAAGAUUUAGUUGAUAUCGAUGGAGAUAUCAACAUUGGCGGUGGCGUUGAUGGUGGUUUAGGUGAAACUGUAAAUGAUAAUCAGAAUUUAAUGUUAGACUCAUCAAAUAUUGACUUACCAAAUGAAUCGAUCGAUAAGAAACCUGGUGAAACUGUGACUGAUAAAUGUCCUGUUAUCGAUGUUUCUGCUCAGCUUCAAAAUAAUGUUUCAGAUAUUGGAACAUCAGAUGUCAAAUCUACUCAUCAGGUUUCAACGAAUCAUGCCACUAUCGUGACUGCAACAACGACCAAUUCGCAAUGUAUAAAAAAAGUCGAUGACACUAACAUUAAUAUUACCAUUACCGGUGCAUUGGAUGAUGAUAUUGGAUGUGGUGAUUAUAUUAAUAGUUCAUUUAGUACGAAUGACAAGGGGUUGUCAACUAAUGUAAAAUCUUUAUCAACCAGUAAUCUUAAAAAGUCGAAUUUAAAAUCAAAAUUGUCUGGACGUUUGAUCACCACCACUACUACGUCAACAACAACACCAUCAAUAUCAUCUGGACGUCAUUCAAGGUUAAUUCGAUGUAAUUUAGAUGAAGUAUCUCAUCAUUCAGAAGGUUUAAGACGAUUCUCUAUCAGUAAUGCUAAUUAUAAUGAUGGAAAAUAUUCUAUGAGAUUGACAAACUCUAAUGGAUCAUCACCACAUGAUAAUGACAGUUGUAAUUUGUUACAUAAAUAUUCAGUAGUUAACGGUUGUAAACCAGUUCCUGCACCAUCACGUCAACGACUUAGUUUAACACCUACAUCUUGGCAACAACCGUCUCGUAAUCGUAGUGUUAAUAAUAAUAAUAGUUUGAAUGAAAAUCACGAUAAAUCAUCUGUGAAUAGUCAUCAAGUGUUCACAUCAUCCUGUGAUCAAUCAAAACCAUCGAUAAAUAAUCGUCUAAUCAAUCCUAGUACAACUGGUCCACUCAGUCGACCAGAUAAAAAUAAUACUAAUAAUAAUACAAAUCAACAAAUAUUUGUAAAUAAUUCUCAGUCCAUUGGUACUCGUUUAUACAAUCCGAGUCGUGGUCGAACUCUAUGGAAUAACAGUACUUCAAAUAAUAGUAGUUAUAAUAAGUCACGUAGUUUAAGCACUGUUUCUGUGAAUAAUAAUAAUAAUAAUACAAACGGUAAUAGUAGAUCACAUGUUAACUGGAAUCGUAAUGGUUUAACUGAACUUCAAGAGAAUAAUAAAACCAAUCGUUUAUCACCAUAUGAUGACAAUGUGUUUGAACGACGUCCAUCGAACGAAAUCAAUACUGAUGAUAUUGGUCAUGUAAUCAGUAGUCGACGUUUUCGUCGAACAUGUAUUCAAACAUUAUUACCUCAUUCAUCAUGUACAUCAUCACAACAGCCAUUACCUCCACCUCCUUGUGAAUCAUCAAGUGAUAUUGAUUCCGAUGAUAAAUAUCCAAAAUGUUUACAGGUAAAUCGUCAUGUGAAAAAUAAUAAUAAUCAUAAUAAAGAUAUAUCAAAUAUUGUGAAUAAUCAUUCAUCUCCAUUUAUACAACAUUGUAAUGAUAAUGGAAUUGAAAAUUAUCCAUAUAAUCAUUAUUAUCCUAAUAAUAAAGAGAUUAUUAUUGAUUCAGAUAAACAAAUAAAAAAUCAUUUAUUACAUGAAAAUCAAUCAUCUUUUCCUAUUACUUCUAUGAAUAAUAAUUGUAAUUCUAAUUCUUCUUCAUCUUCAUCAUCGUCUUCAACAUCAUCCUAUGAUAUUAUUGCAUCAAAUGGUCUAAUUAAAUUACAUAAUCAGAUUACAAAUGAUUCAAAUAUAUUAAUAAAUAAUAAUAAUAAUAGUAAUAGUAAUAAUAAUGAUUCUUAUACAUCACCAUUAAUUGUAUUUGUUCCUAGACCAUCAACAAAUCCUAUAUUAUGUACAAAUAAUGCAAUUAUAGCACGUCAAAGACGUUAUCGUACACCAUCUGAAUUAUCAUCGAAAUUAUCAUCAUCUUUAUUACAAACAAUAGAAUUCAAUGAAUUCGAUAAUGAAAAUUAUCAUAAUUUAAAAAAUUUAUCUCUAUUAGAUAAUCAUGAUAAAAUGAAAUUGAAUGUAAUAAUGAAAUCAACUACUACUACUACUAAUAAUAAUACUACUAACAAUAAUAGUAAUAAUAAUAAUAAUGAACAAUGCUUGUUGAAUACAUUCAAUAAAGAAAUACAAUCAUCCAGUUUAAUCAAUAAUGAUAAUCAAUUAUGGUCAUCUAAUUCAUCAUAUCAAUUUGAACAACAACAACAACAAAUCAAUUGAUGUGAUAGGAUUGGAAUGGAUAAAUGAAAAGAGAUCAAGCAUUUAUAGAAUCAAUGAUAGAUAUAUAUACUGAAUGUUUUGUAUAUAUUUCCUUAUGUUAUAUUAUAUUAUCCCCUUUAUGAUGGAGGGAGUAUAUAGAGGUAGGUUGUUAACUAGGAUACUCUAUUGAACUUAGUUAUGGACAAUCUUUCCCAGUUGCUAUUCAACUUUGUUUUUUUUUUAAAAAAAAAACAACAAAAAACUAAAACAUUCUGUACAUAUCUAUCUGUUUAUGCCUUCUUGAAUAUUAUUAUUUUUGUUGUUGUUGUUGUUGUUGUUGCUAAAAUCAUCUCAUCUACAUUAAUCUGUUUCUCAUUUUAAUUUAUUUAUACAAUAUUCUUCUUAUGAAAUUUAUUUUUCUAUGCCUAUCUAAUCAAUAUCAAUAAAGAUUGAUUAGUGCUUCCUUGAUUACAGAUGUAUUCACUUAUUUAUUUAGUUAUUAGAUUACUGUUGUUUAUUUGAGAAAGAAAGAAAGAAAAAGAGAGAGAGAGAGAGAAAGGAACAAGAGAGAAACAUUUCCAUCGACGAUUACCUUUUUUUUUGUGUUCAAAUCUCUUGUUUCAAAUAUAUUUACCAGAAGUCUUUCUUUUUAAUGUGUAUGAUUUUUUUUGUUUUUGUUUUUGUUUUUCUGUAUAAAGUUUAAGAAAGUAGGCUGACUUCAAUCAACUAUACUACUCAUUUUAUCCUAUAGUCGCUUAUUUCUUUAUGCAUAGUUAUCUGUCUAUAUUCACACAGAAUAAGAAAUAGGUGUAAAAUUGCUUCUGCUAUAUGGUUCAUAAUUAUUCUUUAUUGUAUUGUAAUUGAUUUAACAUUUUUCAGUAUAUAAAGCUUAUUGAUUAUCAUCACUUCAAUGUAUUAUUAUUGAGAAUUGAUGUUAGUUGGAAUUCUUUCAUAGACUUCAAUAUAAUACUGAUUAUAUUAUACAACUGAUGAUGAUGAUGAUAAUAUACGCACAAAUAGGUUUUGUAUAUGCAUAUUCAUUUCGGUAUAUUGAUCUAUUGUUGAAAAUAUGGGUUAUAGGUAUAGAUUCAUUUCUCCUAUGUGUACACUGUAUUUUUUACUAUAAACAAGUCUAUGAAUUAACUAUUUUGUUGAAUAGAGAAUUCAUUUAAUCUUAUAUGGUUGAUUUGUUUAUUUUAGUCUUUCUUAAUUCGUAUGAUCAUUCAUUGAACUAUGCAUAUGUGCGUUUAAUUAAAGAACAUUUGUAUUCUUCAUUGAAAAAUAGUAAUUCAUUAGAAGAGUUCUCUGUUUCUCUUCCUGUAUAGAAUGAAACAUACCUCUAACUAACCACUAUUUUUUUUUUCUUGAUCUUGCAAAAAACAUUUAGACUAGAUAAUACCAUGGCUUAGUUAAUGCUUCUACUCCAAGUUCUAUGAUGAUUUUCUCCCAGAGCAGAGAAACAAAUACUUUCGAUUUAGUACCUUUAUAGUAUAUUUAGAAAAAGAGAAGUAUUUAUUCCAUGAGUGCCAAUAAGAAAGUGAUUGUUUAUGAAAAUCUUAUUCAAUUUGUAACUAUUCUCCCAAAUUUAUUUGUAUACUUAAAUAGUUCUAUCAUAAUCAGUUUAUUGUCUGUUAUUGAUGGUAAAUUUUUUGUACAAGUUAAACAUCUUAUUUUCAGAGAGAGAGAGAAAAAAAAACUAUGAUAUGACCUCUCUCUAUUUCAUUUCGUCUUAGAUACUCUUAAUGUUAAUAUUUAUGACAAUGAUUUUGAGUACUGUUCGAGGUAAGGCAACUUGGAUCGAUGCAUAUAUGUGCCUGGUGUUAUAUUGUAACUGAUUGACUUUCAUUGUGCAUCUUUCAUAGAAUUACAUAAAUAAAUAGAUUGAUCUAUUGUACUUCUUUUCUUUCUGUAUACAUUCUUUUGUAGUUGUUCUUUAUCUUGUUCAUUUUAAUCUUUAUCUCUAUGUAGAAGAAAAAAAACAAUUAUUUUUUUAAGUCUGCCUCCAUGAAAAAAUAAUAAAAGAGAAGAAGAAAGAUACAUUUGUUUACUGUUUAUGCAAUUGAUUCAAUCACUGAUGGUGAUGAUGAUGUUGAUGAUGAUGGUAACAAUCUGUUUUUUUAUCUUUACUUGUUGUCUAUUGUUGUCAUGGUGUUUUAUUGUUGAAUGUACAAAAAAAUAAUAAGGAUGUGAUUAGUUUAGUUGCUUAUACUAGUGGUAAUAAUAAUGAUAAUGAUAACUA